AUGAACCCUUCCUCACAUACUCAGCCCGCUGGAUCAGCACUACCCGACGACAUUCGAUUGAAAUGCUCCUACUACGCGUCAGAGAUCAAAAAUCAAGUCAGCUCACUCUAUGAUGAACAACACAAAUGGCUCGAAGACCAUCUCAGCGAAAUCAAGGAGACCUUGACGAAGGUCACCGAAAAGAAAACAGGCACUCGAGCUGUCAUGGCCGGUAUAAUCAAAACACCAUCCCGUAAACGUACCAAAAGAGUCUCGAAGAAAAUGUCCAAGCCAGAUCAGUCUAGCUCAACUCAUCCACUCUCUGAGCUCAAACGUUCUAAUCUCAACAUAAACAACAAAGACAUCCAAGAAAUAAUCAAUCAGCAGCUCCAAAAAGAAAAGAGAGAAAUCGAAUCGCGCUUGCAGAAAGAAUUAUCAUCCCUGGAUCAUCCUUAUGAGUCCCCUGUGAAGAAAACUGCUGGCAGUUCCAACUUUAUCUCAGCCGAUCUGACCAACAAGCAACCCGUGCCCUCCAUUUGGAACCCGGUCGACUCGAUUCUUCCCUCCAAAAUCGUAUUAUCAUCUGGCCUUUCUGGGUCAACAAAAACCAAUGAGGACAACAUCUUUUCACUGUCAUCUUCCUCUAACAAGAAAGUCGAUCAUAAAGAUCCCUUUACUAUCAAGCCACUCGGUCCAUUUUCUCAGCAGGACUCCGAACUUGAAGAGACUGAACCGAGCCACGAGUCCGCAGCCGAUCCUAACGACGUGUUUGCUGCAGCUGGUCACGAAUUGUCGGCUAUUCAAGAAGGAGAGGAGGAGGAAGAUCACCAUCUUACCGAGCCGCCACCACCGAUACCCAAAUCACUGUUCUCUACCCAAUCGACCUCAGAAGUUGUGCCCCCACAGAAACUAACAUCUUCCACUCGACUAACACAUUCAGUUUCCGCCUCACCAACCCACAAAAAACUCACCACUCCACCACCCCAGACCAAAACGACGCCCACUCCCCCGCAGUGUAAAUCUACCACCCCACCGCCUCAAGCCCGAUCUCCACACCCCCAGCAUGCUUCAGCAAACAUUGAAAAUCUUGAGGCUCGUGUUGAUGAGUCUCAUCGCCCAGCUUUCUUGUCGGACUCGCCAUCGGCUCCAGACACAAACUCAGUUGAUACGGGUGUUUAUGAUUCUGACCCCAUCCCUCCCCAGGUGUCGCACUCCGCCAAGACUCCUGAUAUAGACAACCUGCCUGGAAGUGUGUCUCAAGUGGCAACAACGAAGCUUACUGACCUGCGAACAUCCAAUACUAAACCAACUCCAGCUCCAUUGGAUCUACUUCCUUCCAAUUCCACUGCGCCCUCAACAAUAUCCAAUGUUUCCUCAGCCGCGGUCAACAAACUUCUCACUCCGGAACAUCCAGCCAGUGACCCAGCAAGUAAACCCACAUCGUCAGCUUCAAACUCAGAGCAGAGCCAAAGCAACCAUAUCGAGAGAUUCCAUUCAUCAUCUAGUCACAACCCGACCGCACCCAUGAUCAAACAGGAAUCCGAUGAACAGGCGCAGCAGUUACCGCCUCAGGAAGCUGUACCCACCUUGCCACAUGUUGAUACAGUUGUUGAGGUUCCGUUGAGCGACAAACCGUCAAGCCUUCGAAACAAUUUGUAUGCCUCUAUCGGAUCUUCUCACUCAGACAAAUUGCCAGAUCACCAAGUUCGCACCCCUGGGGAACCAACUGGAUCCAAUCUGUUUACUCCUGGGAACCCACGCUCAGCUAUGAUUCGAUCACCGCAUAGCCAGUGGUCUAGUAAGCCCAGCGGUGCCCUCUGGACCCAGCACAAACCACUUAAGACUCCUGCCGCUCUUUCCAACUUGGCAACUGCUGCUCAAAGCGAAAGGAACAAAGGCGGGCUUUCUGGGUCCCCCUUCGAAGAUUUGUCCAAGCCCGUCAAUCUUUUAUCGAAUCUACAAUCCACUUCGGUUCAACAGAGUGCGGUGGCUGAAACACCUCUAGCGUCCUCACUAGCCCAGCCCAUUGCGGCAAUCGACUCACAACAUUCUCGACGGUCAGGAAUGAAGCGAACAUCUACAGAUGCCGGAUUCAAUCACACUUCAGAUGCACAUGAUGCUAAGAUGAGUCGAUCUCACACUCCUGGAAUGAUGCACGUCAGACCAUCCACAACGGGUGCCACGGCAAGGAAAGGCAUGGAAGACCUCAAAAGCAGACUGUCCAAGAUACAGCGAGAGAGUGCGAUGCAUGAACGCGUGCACCAUCAUCCCUCGGGUACAAGUGUCGAAGCCCCCCUCAACGUCAACCCGCGUAGCUCACUCGUCACUCACACGAACGCCACCUCCUUCUCCAAGGCUCUGCCUACGGCAACUGGUUCGACGUUUCCGAUUAAUCACGUAGCCGCUACCGAGAAACUCGAUCGAGACAGCACUACCGAAAUACGCAGCCAUCCACAGGAUAUCCACCGAGAUUUCAGUGCCCCAAUUGAACUCUCGGCUUCAUCCAAGAUUCAAACUGCACAUCAGCUGACUGAGCCGAUCAAUCUUCAAAGUAGGGUUGCCACUCUUGAGCCCGCAGCUUCUUCCAAGGCCCAACACAAAGACGGGCCCCGCAGUGGUCAAUCACCAGAAACGGCGGCGAAUUUCCAGAACAAACAAACCAGCAGUAGUAAUUUGAUCGUCAACAUGCUGGCCGCUGAUGAAGCAAACAGCAAGUCAUUGACUGCAGAGGCUCGCAUCAGUCCCUUACCUACUGGCGCUCAAUAUACCGGCCUCUCCUCCCCAUCAGAGGUUGCGUCUGUCUUACCCGCUACCAAAAUUGAAACCAAGCAUCUGGCGUUCUUGAAAGGAGCCAUCGGAGCCAGCACUUCCCCACCUCCUUCAACGGAGUUGGAAAAGUCUACUCGAAAUCCACCCUCCGGGACUAUUGACCAUUCCGUGGGAUCUGAUCACGACGACCCGCAACCUCGAGCGGGCACUGCAGAUGAAGAAGAUGAAGACCGUCAAUCCGUUGCAAGCAGCAAGCUUUCCCAGCCAAAUGAAAUGGAUGAUCAACAUGAAAAUUCCAAUUUAUCGAGUGAGGAUAACGAAGAUCACGAGAAACACUCGAGGCCGAGGAUGAUGCAAGCAAUGACGAUGAUACAUAUGAGAGCCCUCCGUGGAAAUCAUCAUGAACAAGAUUCGAGAAGCCAACAGGAAUCUAAUGUGCCCCAUCCGCGCAAUCGUACACAAUCGGAGAUGACUAAAACGCCGCGCAACGUUCCAGCGACGCCCAGCUCUCCUGCAUCAACUGGACUCAUGGGUGUCUUCAAAGCCGGUGCGGCGCUUGCUAGCUCGUGGACCGCAACAAAGCCUAAGCCCGAUAGGCCAGAACUGAAGAGCUUGCAGCUUGCAGCUGCAGCUGCUAAAAAGGAGCAAGAUGAGAGGGAUCGAAAAGCGACGCUGAAAGAAGAAAGACGCCUACUGGCGGCGGAAAAGAAACAGGCGGAAGAAAAGGCUAAGGCUGAGAAUGAGAGAAAGGCAAGGAUGGCAGAAGUCGAGAAAAAGAAGCAAGAGCGCGAAGAGGCGCUGAAAGCGCGAACAACCUUUAAGGUUAAAGUCCCGACCAAUCAUGCACCGCCGGGAAGCCGACAGGCCUCGAUGACGGGAGACGCUGCCAAGAAGCGGAAGGUAGAGAAUGAGUCCAAUCGGACCAUCGACCCCAAGAAGGCUAAAGCGCCGCAAGCAGCGGAGCCACAUGGCAAGAUCCCUUCUAGUGCUCAAAAACCACCCACAAAUUCAUACUUGCCUACCCGGACGGCUCCAAGCGUACCAGGCUCGGCGAUGAAACAGACCAGCUCAAAGGCCGCACAUGCGGGGAGCUCGACAAGCACAAAAACCAAGCCCAAUCCGCCAUCGCGUCCGGUCUCUCAAAUGUCCCAGCACAGUGGGCUUCCCAAGAGCACGGGGGCGUCUCAACACACUAAUCCAAGCCAAAGCUCUCACCAAACCAAUCCGGUUAAUAAGGGCAUUCAGCCGAUGGUUAAAGGCAAGAUGAGAGAAGAGAAGGUCGUUGAGGACGAGUAUAUCGAGCUCCCAGACAUUGAUUCGGAGUACUCCGAGGAGGACGACGUAUCAGAACAUGAGCGCAAGGAGGCUAAGUUGCCUGAUUGGGCUCAGAGUCCUGCUCUGAAAGAAGCCCUCGCCAACCAAAGAAAGGUCAACCCGGAUGAUGUUUUUGGAGGGACGAUUCCACCUCCCAGAAUGGAUGAAAUAUUCAGAGGAAGGACGUCGAAGUUUCGCCAUCGUACUUCGUCUGCUAAUUGGACUGGUACCGACGGGUUGACGGCCAUCGAAGAGGCCGAAUAUGCGAAACGAAUGGGCUACCAUAACAAAAAGAGAAGCUUGAAAAGAUAG